UAUGCUGCACCGGCCAUAGACAACAGAAUUAGGAAGCUUGCGGAGAAGUAUUGCCACAAAUUAAGGCAGAUGGCCAAGGACUGUGCUGGUGAAGGUCAGUGGAAGAGCUGUUUGCUUUCUGGCCUCGUGGAGCCGAUUCAAGAGCUGUGGCCAGAGAUUGUAAAGCUGAGUGCAUUGGAGAAGCCAUGGAUCUCUGAGCUUAGACUGGCCCCUCCCUCCUUUGAGGACAUACUUGGUCCCCCGCCUGCUAUACCUAGUCCUUACGAAUCUCAUUCAUCAACAACUGCACCUCCACCUCCUUCACUACGUGAUCCCGCCCUUCUGCAGACGCCGGUUCUUAGCCUACUAUCCAAUGCUCCUAGCGACUGCACCACUGACGAUCCUAAUUGUGUUUCUAUACCUAGACUAGACAUAGCCAUCGGCCUCUCCCACACAUCUUUUUCAAAGCUCUAA